AUGUUGGACGUCCGACUCGGCGUGAGCAUGCAUCCAACUCCGAGUGACACCCCGAGCGCUGCCGUGAUGCCGCUCGCUCUGUCUCUCUCUUCUCACGUCUCUCAAGCAUCGUGUCCAUCGCCCCGCAUCGUCGAUCCUUCGCCAAUACGGCAUCGGAAACGAAUCAAGAACUGUUACAUCGUGGAAGAGCUAGUGCGAUGUGCCAGUGCAGGAUCUAACAUUUUUGUUCCCGUGGUCGGCAGAAAAGAAGAAGUGGUUGCUGAAUUGCGGGCAACAUGA